GGCUCUGCCGCUGCAGCGCCCCCUGUCUGCGGCCGCAGGGCGGCCAGAGCGCGCUGCCCGCCGCGGGAGGUUCCCGGCUGCCUCUCUGCCGGAGUCACGCGUCACCUCGGGUAUGGUCAGCCGCACUGGCCAAGCCCUUCUGGCGCAGUGGCCUUUUAAUCGCUAAGGAGCUUUCCGAGGCGCUUCUUUUUGCACAGCCUGUUGGCUUCUCUGACGCACGUCCAGACGCGGAGGCUCGGAGCGGAGCACUUGGGCGGUAUUAGAGCACCGGUAGAGCCCUGGCAUGUGGACUGCUGCCUGCCGUCCUCAGAGCAGAGAGGGCUGCAGGGCGGUCGGUGCUUUCCUUGCUCCGUUGUCCUGUCACCCUUUUGGAGGCCGUUUUGAGGAGCUUUGAACUUCCGGGGUUGGCCCUCCUGUGUUGGCAGUUCCUCGGUUGCAUCUGCGGCCGAGGUGGGUGGCCGGCGGGUGUCGCUGUGACUGGUGUCUGGGUCCGGCCCUUUAAACUUCUUGUUUUCUGAACUUCGGGGGUGUGGUCCAGGCGCCUCCUCUCUCGCCAGCUGGUUGUCCUCGACCCACCCGGUCCUUCCCUCCGCCCCGCCUUCCAGAUGCUUUGGAGUCAUGAGCCGGGAGGGCUCCCGGUCCCCUCUGGUGGUGGAGGUGAUCAAAGAUCGCCUUUGUUUUGCCAUUCUCUACAGCAGACCAAAGAGUGCAUCAAAUAUACAUUAUUUCAGCAUAGAUAAUGAACUUGAAUAUGAGAACUUCUACGCAGAUUUUGGACCACUCAAUCUGGCAAUGGUUUACAGAUAUUGUUGCAAGAUAAAUAAGAAAUUAAAGUCCUUUACAUUGUUAAGGAAGAAAAUUAUUCAUUUUACUGGCUCUGAUCAGAGAAAACAAGCAAAUGCUGCUUUCCUUAUCGGAUGUUAUAUGGUGAUAUAUUUGGGGAGAACUCCAGAAGACGCAUAUAGAAUAUUAAUCUUUGGAGAUACAUCCUAUAUUCCUUUCAGAGAUGCUGCCUAUGGAAGUUGCAAUUUCUACAUUACACUUCUUGACUGUUUUCAUGCAGUAAAGAAGGCAAUGCAGUAUGGCUUCCUUAAUUUCAACUCAUUUAACCUUGAUGAAUAUGAACACUAUGAAAAAGCAGAAAAUGGAGAUUUAAAUUGGAUAAUACCAGGCCGAUUUAUUGCCUUCUGUGGACCUCAUGCAAGAUCCAGACUUGAAAAUGGUUACCACCAACAUUCUCCUGAGACUUAUAUUCCAUAUUUUAAGAAUCACAAUGUUACUACCAUUAUUCGUCUGAAUAAAAGGAUGUAUGAUGCUAAACGCUUUAUGGAUGCUGGUUUCGAUCACCAUGAUCUUUUCUUUGCGGAUGGCAGUACCCCUACUGAGGCUAUUGUCAAAGAAUUUCUGGAUAUUUGUGAAAAUGCCGAGGGUGCCAUUGCAGUACAUUGUAAAGCUGGCCUUGGUCGCACAGGCACUCUGAUAUCCUGCUACAUCAUGAAGCAUUACAGGAUGACAGCAGCUGAGACCAUUGCAUGGGUCAGAAUCUGUAGACCUGGCUCAGUGAUUGGGCCUCAGCAACAAUUUUUGGUGAUGAAACAAGCAAGCCUGUGGCUGGAAGGUGACUAUUUUCGUCAAAAGUUAAAGGGACAGGAGAAUGGACAACACAGAGCAGCCUUCUCCCGACUCCUCUCUGCUGUUGAUGACAUUUCAAUAAAUGGGGUCGAGAACAAAGACAAGCAAGAACCCGAACCGUACAGUGAUGAUGACGAAAUCAAUGGAGUGACACAAGGUGAUAGACUUCGGGCCCUGAAAAGCAGAAGACAAUCAAAAACAAAUGCUAUUCCCCUCACAGUAAUUCUUCAGUCCAGUGUUCAGAGCUGUAAAACAUCUGAACCUAACAUUUCUGGCAGUACAGGCAUUACUAAAAGAACCACCAGAUCUGCUUCAAGGAAAGGCAGUUUUAAAAGUAGUCCCUCCAUUUCAAGGACUAAAACAGUCUUGCGUUAAAUAAAAGCCUGUGACCAGAGCUGAAGAAGGACCCUAGGAACAGAAAGCUGCAACAGGACUUAGCACAAUUUGAGAACAAAACAAAGUUGCAAAAGCCUUAGUUGCUUUCCACCUAAGAAGUUGAUGCAGUGAAGAGACUGUCUGCUGGAGCAGCGAUAACUGAGUUUGGGUACAAGUGAAUGACUUGAAGAAGGACCCAGCUCUGCUCUCAUAGAACCGUCUCAAGCUUAAACAACAAAAAUGCUGUUGUAAAUUUAGUCUCAGGUGUACAUACCCAAGCCCUCUGUGACUCGGAGAGCUGGCUAGCCCACGUGGUGCGUGCGUGUCCCUGUGAUGGCAAUCAUUGUAGCUGCUGGCCUCCAGAAGAAUUGAGGAUCUCAUGGAGGUUUUUAUGUAUUUAUUUUCUGUUCACCCUGUGACCCCCUGUCAAAAUUUAUAUAGAUAAAAAAGGCAUUACUGAAAUGAUACUUUCUGUAAUUUGAUACUAUUUGGCUUAAUCAUCUUCACUUUACUAUUUGUAAUACUGUUGUAAUGUUAACUUUGUUAAGUACCCAAGCUGCUUGUCUUCCACCAAAGAGUGCUUUAUACUAACAAGAAUCUGUGAAAACCACAUUUAAACACUGUUGCAUGUUGUCAUAUAGAGUGGUACUUUGGUAACCUAAAACUUGCAAGAGAAUAUUAAUGGUAGCUUGAGGAGACUCAGGAGGAGAAACUGGCUUCAGAGUUGGAAGACUGUGGCAAGUCAUUCCUUCUUCUGUCUUUCAGAGACUGAAGAAUCACAAGGCUCCCUAUUGCUUGGUUGCCCAGUCAAACAAAUUAAAAUCAUAUUUUCUUCCAUGUAUGGAAAUAAACAGCACUGUUUGUUUUCCCCUUGGAAACAGCAGUCCCAAAUAAUGGAGGCUUUAAAAAAAAUGUUAUUGCUCUUUAAAGUCUUGCUCUGUAAGUUGGAUUUUUUUCCCCUGUGCCAUUAGCCUAAGGACAUUCAUACAUCUUUUGAUUUCAGCAACAGUUAUUUGCUUCUGGAUUUCAGUUGUUUGUCCUAAGAGGCUCACUGUUGCCUUUGGUUAGGGAAUACAACCAGUAUCUCUUUGCGGAGUGCCUUCUCCCUUCCCCCUUCUGAAACACAGCAGAGUCUGUGAUAUAAAGCAAUCACAAGACAGGAUCUGUUUGCUGCUAAGAAACAAACAAAAAUGAGGCCCCACAUAAAAGAUUAUUUUGCACUUACCUUGGUUCCUCCCAAAGUAAGAAGUGGAUGAUUUAAUUACUAUUAAUCAGUUUUUUUGUCUGCUUGUUUGGAGAACAGAGGGAUGCAGUAUUUGGCACUGGAGAGCAAAUGCCCUCCUGAGCCAGGAGGAACGUAUCAGGUCAGUAGGCAGUUCCAUCUUAAGGAGCUGCCUUUUUCACAAAACUAUUAGGGAUAAAAAGUGGUUGGAAUAAUCAGGUUAAAGUCUUGAAUGCACAAAGUAACUGAGAGGCAGUGGUUCUGUUCUGGUGUUUACUCUCUUGGAGUAAAGUGUAAAACUGACAUUGAGGGGAGACAGAAGAUGCUGUUGUCUGAGCCAAGUGGCUCCUUCGCCACCAGGCACUCUGGGGGGUGUGACCAUGUGGGCUUUGAAACACUUGGGACCAGCUGAGGAAAAACAGCUGUUUUCUGUCCUUGUAAAUGAAUAGGCACAAAACCCCACUUACGUGUGGGAAGACUGCUCUUCAGUAAGAUAUGAGUAGCAGAGUAACAUUCCUCUUGCUGUCUGUGCUGAGACAAUGCUAAACACUCAGACCGUGCCCGUGCAUACAGCAUCUGAUUCUCAGGGCAUCUGUUCUCCCCCUUAUGCUUUUUAAGACCAUUCCUCCAGGAAUAAUCCAGGCAGUUGUCAAAGUCAAACUUCCACCUGAACCAUCAUUGGUUUGGCUUUUAUUGUUAAAUCAGAAUGAGCGGACAUGCUGCCUGCCGUGGCCUUGGUGAGCGCUACUCCCUCGAGGUGAAUAAGCUACUUGGUAUUUUGGCCUAGAGUAAAAAUUUGGGUGUCGGUGUGAACCAUUGCCUUUUUAUUUUUCAAACUGCCUUUUCAUUUUGGCUGCUCGAGUUUCAAGCUAGAAUUGCUAACACUGUGGCUCGAUCUAAAAAUCCCUGUAUUUAACUGGCUCACUGAAAUGAGUCAUAGGAAACUUGGGUUUGGUAAAGAAGCAUUCCUUGGAAUACACAAAUGUCUUGGGAUAAUGCUUCACAUGGAUGGCAUAGCAACAGUAUUAAAUGUAUGGGGAACAAAGCUAGAAUCCAGGAAGCUGCUGGGUCUAACUGAUGGAAAGUUCUCCUAGUGCACUCUCCCCACCCCUCCAUCGGCUACCACCAACUGAAACCACAAAACACCCAGAAUCUUCUGGGAUUCUAACUUAGUGUCCUUGUUGUGCCACACACAGGACCUUUGUUGCUAUGGAAUAUGAAACAACACGUGUCAGAUGGAGAAAUUCCUUUAACUUAAGAGCCUUAAAUAACUCUUAAAAAUACACCAAAACAGUUGCCAAUGGAAUAAAAUUAGAAAUCAAUAUUUUUAGGUGCCCUUGAAGCUUUCUGGGGACUCAAAUCUUGAAGAGUCAGGGACAGUCCAAAGGAAGAGUGUCUGCAAAACCAGGUUCCUAGAAGUUUAGACAGACUUGUACUUGGUAGUGCUAAAAAGAAACUCAGAUGCUGUCUUGCCUGUCUGUGCAGAGGGGUGCUUGUGGGUGGUGCCUCCUUAGAGCAAGCAGCCUUCCUGGUGCAGUAGGCUGCUUUGCUGGUCUCCAGAACUUCUCCAUUCUCAGCUUCAUGCUUAGCCUGUCACCCACCACUCCGUCCCCUGCCCUCCUAACCCUCUCACAGGGGUGAUUGCUACCUCUUUUCUUGGGCCCAGAUAGGUUUUAGAAGAGUUAUUAAGUGUUCCCGUGAGGCCAGUUCUAUGUGCUCUUGGGGCAGGAUGCCUUCUGCUGGUAUGUGGCCCGAGGGCUUUCCCAGGAGGGCCCCACAUUCCCCUGGGACCUCCCUUCACCUGAAUCACCAUCCAGGAUGCCUAAGCAGUACACUCAGAUGUCCAUUCUUAAUGUAGCUCCACUCCUUCGCUUCCUACACUUUUAAAAAUAAUCAUUACAUUUUGGAAAGCAGUGCUCAUCAAAAACAAUUUUAAAAACAUUGUAUUAUUUCUUUAAUAGUUAUCUCCCACGGAAACGGUCCUGAGGAGGCCAGCUGCUGCUCUUCCAUAUCCUACAUCUGAGUAUGCUCUAUGUCACUAAGUGGAGAUACUGUACAGAUGUGCUUAAAAGACUGGACGAUUGGCCUAUACUGUGUAGGAAAUUACCUCCUAAUUACCCGAUAGAAUUAAUGUCAGCACAUUGUUCAUCUGAUGCUAGUACUGAAGUUUUAUAUUAAUAAUUUGCAGACUUUUAUCUAACCUGCACUCAUGUACAGAUUAUUAAAAGUUUUAAAAUGUAACUGAUAAAUCAGUAUUUGGUCAAUCAUUGUCUUGAUUUUUUUUAUUACAAGGUAUAUUUCUAAUCAUAUUUUUUAAAGCCUAGAGAACUGGUUGAAUGAAUGUUUAUUUUCCUGAAGGUAUUUUUAAGAUAAAGCUUCAUAAUGGCCUGUAAACUUUGCAUAUAUAUGUAGUUUGAUACGUAUAUUGUCACAUUUGAAAAUCUUGUGUAUCGUUAACUGGUUUUUAUACAAAAUAUUGAAUAGUGGAAAUUGUAUAAUUAUAAUCAUGUAAUUAAAACUAUUAACC